GCUGAGUUCCGGCAGCGUGGGCAUCUACCUGCGGCGGCUUCCUCUGUCCUCCUCCGGGUGCGGAAAUGGUUGUCUUGGUUACGGGUGCUAACGGUCCCCGGCUUGUGAUUCCUUGUUGAAGGGCUGCAACCCGAGCUGCUGUCUGGAGACACCUUCAGCUCCUCUAAAGUGGCGGCGGUGGCGGCUGUUCCAGCUUUCGACGUGGAGUAAUUGAAGCUUUCCAGAAAACAAAUAGAAUUGGAGAAGAAAAGUGACCCAUAAUAAUUAAAAAUGUCUCGAAAAGUUGCCAAGGCAUCAGAAAAGCUGAACAUCUCUAGCUCUCUGGAAUCUGAAGAUAUUAGUUUAGAAACAACAGUUCCUACAGAUGAUAUUUCCUCAUCAGAAGAGCGAGAUGGGAAAAUCAAAAUCACCAGGCAGCUAAUUGAACGGAAAGAACUGCUUCAUAAUAUUCAGUUACUGAAAAUAGAGCUAUCACAGAAAAAUAUGAUGAUCGACAAUUUGAAGGUUGAUUAUCUUACAAAGAUUGAAGAAUUGGAGGAGAAGCUUAAUGAUGCACUUCACCAGAAGCAGCUACUAACAUUGAGAUUAGACAACCAGUUGACUUUUCAACAAAAGGAUGCCAGAAAAUACCAGGAACUAAUGAAACAAGAAAUGGAAACUAUUUUAUUGAGACAGAAACAGCUAGAAGAGACAAAUCUUCAGCUAAGAGAGAAAGCUGGAGAUAUUCGUCGAAACCUGCGUGACUUUGAGUUGACGGAAGAGCAAUAUAUGAAACUAAAAAGUUUUCCUGAAGAUCAGCUUUCUAUUCCUGAAUAUGUGUCUAUUCGGUUCUAUGAACUAGUGAAUCCGUUAAGAAAGGAAAUCUCUGAACUACAAGUGAAAAAGAAUGACCUGGCAGAAGAAUUAAGUGAAAAUAAAGGUCAACUGAAACAACUGACCGAGACUUAUGAGGAAGAUCGCAGAAACUACUCAGAGCUUCAGAUUAGAUGUCAGCGUUUGGCCUUAGAAUUAGCAGACACAAAACAGUUAAUUCAGCAAGGUGACUACCGUCAGGAGAACUAUGAUAAAGUCAAGAGUGAGCGUGACGCACUUGAACAGGAAGUAACUGACUUAAGGAGAAAACAUGAAAUACUUGAAGCCUCUCACAUAACUCAAGCUAAAGAAAGAAGUGAAUUAUCAAAAGAGGUGGCCACCUUGCAGCAGACUGUUACUUUACUGCAAAAGGAUAAAGAGUAUCUCAACCGCCAAAACAUGGAGCUUAGUGUUCGCUGUGCCCAUGAAGAGGAUCGUCUUGAGAGACUUCAGGCUCAACUUGAGGAAACCAAAAAGGCUAGAGAAGAGAUGUAUGAAAAAUAUGUAACAUCCAGAGACCAUUAUAAAACAGAAUAUGAAAACAAACUACGUGAUGAACUGGAACAAAUCAAACUGAAAACUAAUCAAGAAAUUGAUCAACUUCGAAGUGCCUCUAGGGAAAUGUAUGAACGGGAAAACAGGAACCUCCGAGAAGCAAGGGAUAAUGCUGUGGCUGAAAAGGACCGAGCAGUGAUGGCUGAAAAGGCUGCUCUAGAAAAACAUGAUCAGCUCUUAGACAGGUACAGAGAACUACAACUUAGUACAGAAAGCAAAGUAACAGAAUUUCUCCAUCAGAGUAAAAUAAAAUCUUUUGAAAGUGAGCGUGCUCAACUUCUACAAGAGGAGACUGCAAGGAAUCUCACACAGUGUCAGUUGGAAUGUGAAAAAUAUCAGAAAAAAUUGGAGGUUUUAACUAAAGAAUUUUAUAGUCUCCAAGCCUCUUCUGAAAAACGCAUUACCGAACUUCAAGCACAGAACUCUGAACAUCAGGCGAGACUAGACAUUUAUGAGAAACUGGAAAAAGAGCUUGAUGAAAUAAUAAUGCAAACUGCAGAAAUUGAAAAUGAAGAUGAGGCCGAAAGGAUUCUUUUUUCCUAUGGCUAUGGUGCUAAUGUUCCCACAACAGCCAAAAGACGACUAAAGCAAAGUGUCCACUUGGCAAGAAGAGUGCUUCAGUUAGAAAAACAAAACUCGAUGGUUUUAAAAGACCUGGAACAUCAAAAGAACCAAGUAACACAGCUUUCACAAGAGCUUGACAGGGCCAAUUCGCUGUUAAAUCAGACUCAACAACCUUACAGGUAUCUCAUUGAAUCAGUGCGUCAGAGAGAUUCUAAGAUUGAUUCACUGAAGGAGUGUGUUACCCAACUUGAGAAAGAUGUCAGCAAUUUGAAUAAAGAAAAGUCAGCUUUACAGCAAAUGAAGAAUCAAAUGGCAUUAGAUUUGGAACAACUUCUAAAUCAUCGUGAGGAAUUGGCAGCAAUGAAACAGAUUAUCACUAGCAUGCGUAGUAAGCGUUCUGAGGACAACUUACUUUUUACUAAAAUGGAAUCCAAAAAUGCAACAGAAAAUCAGAAAUCAAAGACUUUGAAUGUGCCUAGAGAGCAUGGAGACAAUAUAUUUAUACCCAAACCAACACUCUUUAUGGGGCUGGAGGAAGGAGGCCGAACGUCUACCGGUGUGUUUGGUGGUAAUUGAAGCUGGCCGAGGGCAUGGCUAAAGUCAAGAGGAGCUGACCAUUGGUGUCACUUCUAACAUUUUGUGCAUCGGCUGUGGCAUAUGAAAAAGAUAAAAUUGUAAGUUAUCAUACUUAUCUAUUUGCUGAUAUGUAUAUAUAUUUAGGAAGGUGGUUCUUCAUAGUUUUAAGGAGAUAGAAGUGGGAAAGGCGUAACUGCGUAUUUGAUUUAUUACAUUAUAUAAAAUAAGAUGUUUUGAUUGGAAACAGUACCUUAUAUAGGGAGUUCUGAGUGCUUUAUCACAGUCUACCUUCUCUGCUCUUUUGUUGCUAUUCUGUACAACCAGGUUCUUUUGAACUGAAAUGAUUGAGCAGUAAACCCAAGUACUCUGGUAAAUACUUAGCAAUUCAGAAUACGCAAAGCACAAUGAUGUGGAUGUAGAAAUCCUUUACUAAGUCUCUAUUGUGUGAAUGAGUAUCUAUAUAUAGAUAGAUAAGACAACUAAAAAGAAGCUGUGCCCUUGAUUUUUUUUAAAUUUUCUUUGAAAAUAGAAUCAAUUCAUAAAAUACUCACCACUGUAGAAUAUAUUAAAUAUAGGCUUUAAGCCAGAAAACACAGCUGUGUAUUUUUUUAAUAGACAUACCAGGUGGGAGAUUAUUCCUGACAAAAGACAAAAUCUUCGCCCUUAAGUAUCCUUCUGAAUUACAAAAAGCAAUUAUUUACUGUCAUUUUACAUAAAAAUCACCAAUGUGUGUAGAUACUUAGUUCUUUGAAUUGCUUCU